GUUGGAACCUGCUGAACGAAGCAGUGGUGCCCGCACCUUCAAUUGACUCUUUCAACAGAAGACUGGACACUUACAAAAGCAUACUAGAAAAGGAAUAACAUAGGCCGUAGGCCUUCUGUCCUUACUAUACAAAUCUGAAUCUAAAUCUGAAUACCUGAUGAUGAAGACAAUUUGGCGGCAGUUUGCGUUUCUGGUUACUGUAUCCCACGUUAUUUCCCAUACUAUAUGAGACUCGUUUUUAUGAACUGAGUUACAUAAUUCAUUAGUAAAUUUGAUGUCCAGCAAGAGCAACUGGAACGAAAAAGCCGCUUCGCAACUACAAAACAAAACUCUAAAAACAGUCUCAGCUAUACAAAAUCUUAUUCAAAAUAUUGUAAAAUCUUCACAUUCUGCUGAACUUCUUUCUUCCGCUAUCAGCCACACCAUCGAUCAGGAUUCUGUUAUAUCUUCAACAUCUAAUAAGGUCAUUCAGCUUACUUGUAUCGUUGACCGUCUGUCCGAUCAAGAGAAUCUUCUUCGAACACGUUUGGACCUCCUUUAACAGUACAUUCUACAUUUUUAUCUAUAAAAUGUCCACUGCAAAUUUACCAAACAUUCUAAUAACGGGCACACCUGGUACCGGUAAAACAACUAUCUCUAAAGAAGUAUCUAGACGUAGUUCACUUAAUUAUAUCAGCAUUAAUGAUGUUGCCAAGGAAGAAGAAUUAUAUGAUGGAUAUGAUGAAGCUAAUCAGUGUCAUAUCCUGGACGAAGACAGAAUCCUGGAUGAAUUAGAAGAUGUUAUGUCAUCGGGUGGUCAGAUUGUUGACUAUCAUUCCUGUGAAUUCUUUCCCGAACGAUGGUUUGAUGCCGUGUUUGUGUUGAGAACGGACAACACCGUUCUCUAUCCCCGUCUCACUUCUCGUAAUUACUCUAGCGAAAAGGUCUCAGACCUUAUCCAUUGUGAAAUUGUCCAGGACUGCAACCGAUCAGUCUGUUUCGAUAUGUGUGCAUCCUGUGCGGAUUACACAAGCCAAUGACUACCUGGACUCAAUAGCUAAGUGGAUAAUGCGGUAGCAUUUGAAGCGAAAAUUAAUGCGUUCGAGUUCCGGAGUGAACACCAACUGGGAUACAGGUACAUCUGACUGACGACUUCUGAUCAAGCCGAAAUGUAUAUCCUGAACUUCACUGUUAGCCACCACUCAUCUCGGCCUGAAAUGUACAAAAUAAUUGUUGAGUUCCUUUGAAAUGAAAUUGAAGAUCUAGUCUUUGUGUACAGGUUGUUCUGGACGAGGCUCGUGAAUCGUAUAGUACAGACAAAGUACAUGAACUAAUUAAUAAUACUCCUGAAGACUUAGAAAAAAAUAUUUCUCAAAUCUGUGAAUGGAUCAAGCAGUGGCAUAUUGAAUUGUCCUAGAUCCGUUCUCAUAUUUGUAUACGUAAAAUUAAACUGCAUGAAAAAAUAAUUGAUGAAAUGAGGAUGCAUCCCAGUAAAAUGUUAAUAAUUCUAACAUGUUCCCAAAAUUAUUUGUGAUGUGGAUUUCCUUUUCUACUCCUUAUCAAUCCAGUACAAAUGAGCAAUUUAUUGAGUCUUAAAAUGGGUCUGGGAAUAACAAUAUUCUCGAGCAGUUUAUUGUUCUUGUCCAUUACAAGCACCUACUAAUUACCACUCAUUACUGAUAAGCAGAGUAGUAAAAUAUAUUUGGACUAAUUUAUGUAUUUAUCUACUCACGACUGACUGAUCCGCUCACCCUUUGAACAAUGAGUAUGUCCAGGAAAGAUAAUGAACGUUUUUCCCAUUUUCACAAGAACGUUAGUUUAUUUGUGUACCGUGUUCCUCAUUUGCGUUAAACACGUAUCAUCUUCAAUCUCGCCACAUAUUGCUGUAAUCUUAUC